AUGAAUACAUUAGCCAGUAAUUAUGAAUAUCCAAGUUUUACUACCGAAAAUGAUAAUUCUAAUAAAAAAUUAAUCAAUGAAGUUAAUGGUGUGAAUAUGUCAUAUAAUCAACAAUCAAAAUCUCAUUGUCAAAAAUGUGGACGUCGUAACCGAACUCAUAACCCACACACAAGUAAUUGUCGAGUAAAGUAUGAACAACAUCAUUGUCGUCAUGGUCAUCGAUUAAAAUGCAAACGACAAUCACGUCAUUUUCCUACUGGAUUACCAUCAUGUUCAAUCAUAACUCAAACCAAUGAUCAACAUACAAUAUCAAAGAAUGUUCUUAAUCGAAAUUUUUCAAAAAAAUCUAGUCAAACAAAUAUACUUAUUGAUCAAUUAAUUCAAGUACAACAAUUAAAUUCUGCAAAAUGUAAUACUCAAAAUCAUAGUUAUACUCAUAAUAUGGAUAAUGAUUAUAAAAAUGACGAAUAUAAAAUGUUUAUAGACAUUAAGAAUAAACAUAAUUCGCAUAAAUUAGAACGUGCUCAACAAAUGAUAUAUCUCAGAGAAAAUAUAAAUAAUUUAACCUAUCGAGAAUUUCAUUUUCCGAAUGAAUAUGUUUUAUUAAAACGAUUAGAAGAAAAAAAUCAUCUUAUUAAUCAAAAUCGCUUUAAAGUUGAUCAUUGUUUUCGUUCAUUACAGCUGCAAUAUCAAACAAUGAGUACCUUACUUCAAAACAUAACUAUCACUUCAUUUAAUUACUCUAAACAAGAACCUGGUGAAAGCAAAUCAAUAGUUAAACCAUCAUUUAAACGACGUUCACUUUCUGAAAAUCUUGAAUUCAAUAAAAAUACAUCGAAUGAUAUCAUACAUCAUUCGGUAUUAUCAAAUGAUCGAUCUCUUCUUACUAUCAACGAAAUAAAUAAUACAAAUACGAAUGAAAGUUUAAUAAAACAAAAUGAUAAUUUAUUUAUAACUGAUAAAAAUGAUUCCACGAUUUUUGUUACACCGUAUAAUGAAUAUAAACAACAGCAAUAUUCUGAAAAUGCGACUCGAUCUUAUUUGAAUACUAGCUCUUUAACAGAACCUAAACAACAAGAUGUUCAAUUCGAUACAGCUGUUAUUAUUGAUGUCACAAAAUGUCCACCAGUACCUAAAACAAACACUAAUCUUACACAACAAUCAUCAAUUCAAAACAAUUGGAAUCAUAUAACACCAACAUUUUAUAAAAAAAAACAAAGUAAUGAAUAUAUCACACGAACAACAUCAAGUAUGCCGAUACUUCAAAUAAAUCAACAAGAAUCAUCUCCAAUCUAUAUUCCUAAUCAAACAAUUUAUUUUGAUCAUUAUUCAAAUUAUAUGAAUAUUUAUCAACCACAAACAAUGUUUCUUCCGUGGUCAUAUAAUUCAAAUUGUACACAUCAACAACAAAUAUCACCAGAUUUGAUUUUUAAUAAUCCGAUUUGCCGUGAAGCUGUUUCAUAUGACACUAUUUGCUUUCCUCCAAAUUCAAAUCAAUCAAAUGAACUACAGCACUUAACAACUAAUCACCUAUCUUCGAAUAAAAAUUCUACGAAUACUUCGUCAUCUAUUCAUGAAACAUCUGAAAGUCAAAAUUCACUAUGUUUUACUAAUAGCGAAACUAUAUCGAAUAUUUCAAAAGCAAAAACAAGUACUAAAGAAUUCAAUCAAUCAAUAAAAUAUACUCAAACUAUUAAUAAGAUUAAACAAAUAUUAAAUACUUUACAUAAAAAUUUACUUCACAAAUCAAUUUCUAAACAUGACAAUAUAAAUAAAAAAAUAAACGUAUGUUUACCGUUAGAACAAAUAAUUCCACUUAAUAUUAAUCGAACAUCAAAUAAAAUUGAUAAAUCAAUAUCAACAACAAUAACAACUGAUUCAUUAAUAUCAAAUACAAGUAUUCAAACAACAUAUUCUGUUACAUCAACAUUACCAAUUAUAAAUAAGAACAUAUUUCAAUUACCUUAUAGUCAAUCAACAAUUAAUCUGGAAAAUGAAAUUUCACAAAUGGAUUCAGAUUCUCUAAAUUUAAAUAAAAUCAAACUUCUUAAUUCUGCAAAAAAUAUCAAUAGAAAUCAACAAACAAGUGACGACGAUGAAACAGAACAAAUAUUAAAUAAUAUCCGAUCACGGUCAAAAAAAUCUGCAUCUCGUCGUGUUCCUAUUAAAUAUAUGUCACCAUCAUUUAUGUUUGUUUUACAAAUAUUACUUGUUUUAUGUCUGAUUAAUCGAAUUAUAAUGUAUUCGUUUUUUGGCAUUGUAUCAAAUGAUAAUUUAGUUUCAGUUCUUAUUGAUAAUUCACAAUCUGUAACACCGAUUUCAUCAUCUCCACUGGUUAGCAAAACUGAACAAACAACAUCAUCAACAAAUCAUGAAAAAUUCAAUAAUUUCCUAUUGUCACUUUUUAAAUUAGUUUAA